UAAUUUUCAAUCAUGGACCGUCGUUCAUCAGGAUCGUAUUAUCCAAGAGAAGAUUCCUCAAGAGGAGGUUAUAGACCAUCAAAUUACUCAAGAGGACCUCCUCAAGAUGGCUACUCAAAGCCCCCAAUGGAUAAUUAUUAUGGACCAACUUCUAGAGGAAGAGGAGACGGAUAUUCAAGACCUCAUAGUGAGUAUAGUGGGAGAGAUAGAGGCCAUAGAGGAUAUAAUUCAAACCCAAGAGGAUCAUUUGAUCCAGGAUACCACCGUGGAGGAAGCAUGCCAAGAGGAUCAUAUCCUCCACCUCACAGAGGAGGUGAUUAUCAUAGAGGGGGACAUAAUCCAGGGGGAUAUAAUCGAGGCGGUUAUAACACAGGUGGCUAUAAUAGAGGAGGAUACAAUACUCAUCGUGACCAUCCUUCUAGUUAUGAUUCCGGUUCCAGACCUACAAGAACUAUGAGACCAAGAAGGAACACAAGAUGGAGAGAUCCAAUCACAAAACAAGACAUCUCCGCAUUCUUUUCCCAAUACGCAUCAUUCAUCAUCAGUGCUAAAGAACACAUCAAAGAGACCAACCCUGACUCUCUCCUCCCCACUCCUUCCACCCUACAGCCUCCUCUCCAACCUCCAUCCCAUCCUGCUCCUACCUCCACUCCUCCAGCUCCCACACCUCCAGCACCUGCACCUGCUCCCACCCCUCCUGCUCAAUAACUUUCCUUCACAGUCACCUUAAAGUUCAAUCAUCAGUCAA